UAGACAAACUUCCGGUUAUGUGAAAUCGUCAACAAUGUUGAUGUUUUGUCCGACAUGUUCUAAUGUGUUAGUUGUUGAAGAGGGGGAGACAUGUUACCGAUUCGCGUGUAACACUUGUCCUUAUAUACAGAACAUAAAGAGAAAGAUUAGCAAUAGAAAGUACCCAAAGUUGAAGGAGGUAGAUGAUGUGUUGGGUGGUGCAGCUGCCUGGGAAAAUGUGGACAACACAGAGGAAACCUGUCCAAGAUGUGCACAUAACAGAGCAUUCUUUAUGCAGAUACAGACUCGAUCAGCAGAUGAACCCAUGACAACGUUUUACAAGUGUUGUAACAUGAAGUGUGGCCAUAGAUGGAGAGACUGAUGACUUUACUAUAUGAUGUGAUAUAGAACCAACCAUAGUGUUCAAAAGUGUACUGUGAUCUAAUGGAUUACAAAUUCAUGUGCGGUGCAGCAAAUGAUUCCUUUUAAUCAGAAAACUUCAACAAUACACAGUAGUUAUUACUUAAGUGAUGAAGAUUAAUAUGAAACUAAAAGUGUGUAUUGUACAUGCUGUUAAUUUUCCUGGAAAUGACAUUCAUUGGAUACACAUGUAUAAAAUAAACAAUAUCUGAUGGAAUAAGUGAGUGUGUGUACAAAUAUAUUGAGAUAUAUAUCACAGUGUAAGAUUUGUAAUAGGAAGGAAUGAUUAAAAAGUGACAGAGUCUAUAUUUAUGUACACACCAACACUCUCCUUUUACAGAUUGAUACACAGUACAUCAAGUGAAUCCAGUAAUCAGAUGCUGGAUGAAGUGAGUUAGGAGUCCAUAUAUAAAAUGCAUCUGAUUUCUUUCAGGACGCCGUAAUUUUGUGAACAGGAUUCCUGGGAAACAGUUAGUUUUAUAUCAGAUUAUCCAUAUACAGAUGUAUAAUAUUUGAAGAGACUGGGUUCAAAAUAAAAGCUGGAUCGAGUGUUGUGUCAGAGAUUAUCUCAGAUAGCUGGAUAGAUAUUGUUUCUGUUCUGUUGUUUUGUCUGAUAUGUUCAUGAAUUUAGGAUGUGGAAAUUAUACAGUAUGUAGCAGAAAUAGAUCGUUCGUGGAGAAAAAGAUGUUUAAUUGUCAGAGCUAAUAAGUCUACAUCUACAUCUUUGCUAAUGAUGCUGACAUAUAGGAGCAGACAUGCUGGAGGUGCAUAUAGGAAACCUACAUUUAUUUGAUAAUACGUACAUACCUUGGUAAAUGUAUAUAUACAAUUUUUAGUAAAUGUACAUGUAAUAGAAAUUGUGUUAAUUAUGUGUUUUAUUGUACAGAUUGGUACAUGUGCCCUCAGAGAUGUAUACAUAUGUAUGUCUGAGGUAGCCUGUAUAAUCCCCAGUAUGAUUCAGAAUUAAAUAUGGUGAUUCCUGUUG